AUGCUUCCACUCACCAAUUCUCCGCCGCCGGAGUCCACCAAGAUUAAAAAGCCCAAAAUCGCCCCUGCCGAUUUCAUCCCGAGGAAGAAUUCCUUCAGCUCUCUCACCUCCCUCCUCUCCCAUGCCUACCUAUCCCAGCCCCGCUCCUGGAUCUUCGUCUUCGUCCUCUUCAUCCAGAUCCUCCUCCUCCUCACUCUCCGCUCCGUCCCCUUCCACUUCCACGGCUUCCACCGCCGCCUCCCGUCUUCUCCCAGUCCCGCCGCCGCUGUCUCUGAGCCAGUCGUCAUUGCGUCCGCCGUCUCAGCAAGGUCCGACUCCGCCGCCUCCGUGGUGGUCGACGACGAGACUUACUCGCAUCGCUGCGAGCAAGGGUACGUCUACGUUUACGAUCUCCCGAGCAGCUUGAACACCGAAUUGAUCGAGAAUUGCGAGAAAUUGAACCCGUGGAGCUCGCGGUGCGACUCCCUGGCCAACGACGGGUUCGGGCAGCAGGCGGCGGCGGGAGUUUCCGGCAUCGUACCGGCGGAUUUGGCGCCGGCGUGGUUCUGGACCGAUCAAUUCGUGUCGGAGAUCGUCUUCCACAACAGGAUGAUGAAGCACAGGUGCCGGACCGCCGAGCCGGGCAAUGCGACGGCGUUUUACAUCCCGUUCUACGCCGGUUUGGCAGUGGGGAGAUUCCUGUGGCAGAAUUUCAGCCCCAAGGACCGGGACCGGCACUGCGAGACGAUGCUGAGCUGGGUGAAAUCCCAGCCGCAGUUCCAGCGAUCCAACGGCUGGGAUCACUUCAUCACCAUGGGCCGGAUCACAUGGGAUUUCCGCCGCUCCACCGAUCAAGACUGGGGGUCGAGCUGCAUCUACCUGCCGGGGAUGAGAAACAUCACGCGCCUCCUCAUCGAGCGGAACCCCUGGGACUACUUCGACGUCGGCGUCCCUUACCCGACCGGAUUCCACCCGAGAUCCGACGCCGACGUCCUCCGGUGGCAGAAAUUCGUCCGGGAGCGGAGCCGCCCCACGCUCUUCUCCUUCGCCGGAGCCACGCGCCACUCGUUUAAAAACGACUUCCGCGGCGUCCUCCUCCGCCACUGCCUCAACGAGUCGGACGCAUGCCGCGUCGUCGACUGCGGCGGGUCCCGCUGCGCGAACGGCACCUCCGCCAUCCUCGAAACGUUUCUCGACUCCGACUUCUGCCUCCAGCCGCGCGGGGACAGCUUCACGCGCCGGUCCAUCUUCGAUUGCAUGAUCGCCGGCGCAAUCCCGGUGGUGUUCUGGCGGAGGACGGCGUACUACCAGUACGAGUGGUUCCUCCCCCACGAUCCGAAGAGUUACUCUGUUUUCAUCCACCGCGACGAGGUCAAGAACGGGACCUCGAUUAGGAAAGUUCUCGACGGUUACAGCAGGGACGAAGUGAGGAGAAUGCGGGAGAAGGUGAUCGAGUACAUCCCCAAGCUGGUGUACGCGAGGAACAGCGAUGGGUUGGAGACGAUUAAGGACGCCUUCGACGUCGCCGUGGAUGGGGUGCUGAGGAGGUUCGAGGAACAGAGGGAAAGGGGUUACAAGUGGUAA